UAUCUGUAAGAUACAAACGUAAAGUGCUGCUUUUUAAUGCCGCAUUUCAUUCAUUGAUCGUUUCAAUAGUGCGCCGCACGCUCAGCGCAACAGACAAGUGCCGGUGCCCGGGUUCCCGGAUCGUGUUCUGUGUGGGCAACCAAGUCAAUAACAAAAACCGACAGCCUGAAGUCAAUAAGCCUACUCACUGACUUGGCUAACGGAGUCAAAGCCAAGAGCUGUUGCUGCUGCUGCUGCUGCUGCUGCUGUCCCAACAUAGACGCACAUAGCUGAGUAGACGACAUUGACAACUGAUGACGACGACGACGACGACGGCGACAACGUAAAUCGCUGCUCAGUGCAUAGCGGACAGGCGCUGCAAGCGGUCGCAGCACUCAGACAGAUACGGAGACGUAGACGUAAACGUAGACUGAGGCGGAGACGGAGACGUAGACUGAGACGGAGACACAAACGCACCUUUCUCCAAGCAGCAGCGACGAGCGACGUGUAUUUUUGUGCGCCAUCUCGGGUUAUUGGAUACAGAUACAUAGAUACAGACAGCGGCGGCAGUGCGCGUACUCACGGAUAUUUUUAGCAGCCGGCCGCACAUACACUCAUACACACACACACACAUACACACACAUACGUGCACAGUUGCAGGCACACGCUGCGGACACACGCGGCUCGCACGUUUUGAAAAAUACUGUUCUUCGAGGCUUUUACAACAUACAGUUGCAGUCUGUGUAUCCAUUAGAUACUUUUCAAACUGCAUCAAACUUAUCAAUCAAAAUUAAAAAAAAAAACAACAGAAUAAAAUCAACGAAAAUAUUAAAACAACAAACUAAAAAUACUGAAAAUAGCAAAGGAAGAAGUAUAAAAAAAAACAAGUUGUGCUGUGCAAGUUUGAGGAAAUAAAAAGAAUUUAUUCGAAAAGAGACGAAUAAAACCGAAAAUCAAAACAAAAUUAUUUUUAUUGUGUUAAUCUGCCAAAAUAUGCAUGAGGCAAGCGUUAAUUUAAAAUAGAGUCGCACCAGAAAAAAAAUACAAAAUUCAAAUUCAAUGACUAAUUAGCUGGUGCUGUGGAAUUUAAAUUGAUUAAAAUUUGUUUUCGUAUUAUAACAAUGUCUGCGGGUUAACUUUAGCGAGACAAAAAUUUAAAUCAAAUAACAACAAAUCAAAGUGUGAAAAAAGUACAAAAGAAAAAAAUAUAAAUGUGAAUAAAUAAAGCUAAUCUGAAGUUACGACAAAUAUCAAAUUUAAAUCUACAAAAACUACAACAACAAACAGCGGCAGGCAGGCAACUCACACAUUUUUGGAUUUAUGAAAUCAAAAAGAUGAAAUCCAACACAUACGAGCUGCACAACUACGCUGACCUGGACAUGGAUUUGGACACGGAUCAGCCCAAGGAUUCGCGCAAGCGCAAAGCGAACCCAACAAACAGUCGACGUGGCGAGAAAUACUCGCUGCGACAGAAGCGACAAAAGCGUCAGCCUAGUGAGCCCAACAGUCCAAUUGGAAUGACCGCACUGGCAGCGGAGGAGCAGCCAACCAAGGCAAAUGCAACUGCAGCGACCAAGAAAUCCAGCAAGAACACGUCCAAGGCGAAAGCGCCGCCGCUCAGCAAGUAUCGUCGUAAGACAGCAAAUGCAAGGGAGCGAACGCGAAUGCGAGAGAUCAAUACGGCCUUUGAGCAACUGCGUCAUUGUGUGCCACAAUCGAUCACCGGUGAGGAUGCAGCCAAUGCCAGCGAGAAGCUGACCAAGAUCACAACGCUCCGCCUGGCCAUGAAGUACAUUGGUAUGCUGAGCGAGUCUCUGCAGGAUCCCAGCUAUGAGAGCGAGUUCCUAGUCGAGUGCCUGCACGAGAGCGCCAAUCGCGAGGCACACAUCAGUGUGGACACUGAUGCCGAGCUGGAGCCGGAACCGGAGCCAGAGUUGGAGGCUGCGCCGCCGAAGAAGAAGCAGACGAAGGCAAAUAAAAAGACAAACGCCAAGCGACAAAGCAAACAGUCUAAGGCAAAAACAACAACAACAUCAACAUCAACAACAACAACCGGAGCAGCAGCAACAACAACAAAAACAGCAGCAACAGCAGCGAGUUCACCGGAAUCAUGUUAUGCCUCCUCCUCGGUGGGUUCACCAAUCUGUUGUGUGGCCGCCCGUUCACCUAGCUCCGCAUAUGCAUCGCUUUCGUCAGCCGCCUCCUCCAGCUCUAGCUCCUCCUCCUCUUCCUCAUCGAGCAGCAGCAGCAGCAGACGAAUGUUCGAUGCGGACAGUCUGCUGGGAGGCAUACAGGCACUAUCGGAGCUCAACUCGCUGCUGAUGGAGUCGGACAGCGAGUCGCUGCACUGCCUCAAUGUCAACGCAUAUCAACAGGAUCUGCUCAGCUCCGUGUCGAAGUCAGUGCUGCCCUCGCGUGGUGAUUUACCCAUUUCAAUGCACUCACCGCUGGAUAAACCUGAUGUGGAGCUGAGUCUGAGGCUGCUCGAUCAUUCGACGGAUUCGUUUGACUUUGCCAGCGAUCAGCAGCCGUCAGCGUGCAUUAGUCCUUUGGCAACAUUGGACACUUUUCAUCCGUUUGCCGAUCUGCUGCAUGUCGAGUUUCCAGACAUUUUCCUCACGUGACCAUCUGUUUAGUUGCAUGUUUAUGAAUUAAUUAAUUAACUAUUAAUUAUUGAUAAUUGUAAUUUGUUAUUUGCUGAGCUUAAGUAUAAUCUAGGUUUUAUUUAGAUGUAGUUGCGCGAUAAACCUAACCUCACUUUAGCAAUAGCCGCGGAAUUCAUCGUGUCAUAGCAGACAGGCAUACAGGUUAUGCACAAUUCUCACAGCAAGCAGCCCAUGUCCAUAUGUGUUUCUUUCAAUAACCAAAUUAGUCAAUUAAGUAAGCAUUUCUCUAAAGCAUUUUUUCGCUAUCUCUUCUUAUCACAAUUUUCGUAAUGUAAAUGUAAAAUAAAAUACAAGAAUGUUGUUCAAUCUGAAAA